AUGUCACAUAUUGUUAAACGCCAACGUACCGAAGAAGACGAAGGAGGAGAAUCAAGAAUCAAAUCAGAAACAAAUGGCAUAGGUUUUAAAAUACCAGCUGCUUUAGAAUAUAGUAUAUUUGGAAUACAGCCGGUUAACGAUCUUGUUAAAGUUGUCAGUGACUUUUUAUAUUAUCAUGUUGGGAGGGAACACAUUGAAAUCGAAGCCAAGUUGGGAGUUUUAGUAGAUAAACAAACACGUGAACGAAUAAAAUUGCCGGUAAAAUGCGAGACAGUGAUAAAUCCUGAAGAAAGCAGUUGGAUAUUUGAGAGUAACAUGACUCUCGAACAACAUCGACAUUUCAAUGAGCUACUUAAUAAGCGUUUCAUCGAAACAAAACAACCAUCGUUCAAAGGACAACCUAUUGAAUACAAACACACAUAUGAAACCGAUAGAUUUUAUUUCGUAGGAAAUGGAAAAAUUAGAGUAACAAGUAAUCAAAAGACCGGAGAGAUCAUCAAAGGUGGCAUCGUCGAAAAAAUUCGUGUCGCAAAUUUGGAUAUUUACUCACCAAAUACAAAAUUAGAUUAUCGUAUUUCUGUAAAUUUAGAAAAGCCGAAGGAAAAGCCGAACGGGCCACAUAGUUUUGAGAGGAAUAAGGAUAGGGUGAGCUACACUCAUCAAAUUAUUAAGGCUGGAGUAAGAGGCUCGCAAGAACUGACUCAUGAGUUAGAAGUGGAAUUCAUGGAUCCAAGUAUCCUAUAUGAGGAAAGACUCAAGAUUGAAAAGGCGCGGGAAAACCGUUAUUUUGAGAUUGUUGAACAUUUUCUCAACAAUAUCAAAAUUUUAGCUAAAAAGCUUCUUAGAUUUAAUUGCAAAAAAAUACCUUCAAGUCUUUAUAUUGCAAGGCAAUUAGGGAAAAAUGAAUAUUUUGCUCGACAACUUCAGAGUUGGGCUCAUAUAUUAGCAAAAGGAGAGGAAAUUCCGAAUUCUAUGCGUGAAAAACAUAUUAAAGUACAUAGUUUACUUGAAGAUGAGGAUAUACAUAAUGAAAUUAUUAUUUAUUUACGUGUAAAUAAGUUUGAAUUUUACUUAUCAGAUUUUGUUAAUUACAUUUUAGAUGUUAUUUUUCCAAAGUUAGGUGUUAAUUAUACAACACGAAUUGG